UGCAUAAACAUGAAAUGAGAGGGAGCAGAAACAUUGAAUACCUCCCACCUCCAUAGCUUGUGGAACACUGCUAUCACUCAGCCUAUCAGAUUUGCCCAAAAUCAUUACAUCAUGUCUGGUAGCAAGCAAACACAGAGUAAGGAGGCCUUGCUAAAAUCUUACAACAAACGACUCAAAGAUGAUGUGAAAAGUAUCCUGGAUAACUUUCUGGAAAUUGUCAAGCUCGGCCAAGUUGAAGAUGAGACACAAGUUGACAGGAUCACGCACUUGGAAGAGGUUCACUUCCAGAUGAGUGUUCGGUCCCACAAUAUGGUCAGAGCUGCAGAGUCCUUAUUAAAGCUUGUAUCAGAUGUUAAACAGUAUCUCAUUCUCAAUGAUUUUCCAUCCGUCAAUGAAGCAAUAACUCUUAAUUCUCAGAUGGCACGCAACCGCUGUCAGCAGGUGGACCAGAAGCUCAUUGCGCUCAGGGACGACAUAGCUGCUGACCUCUAUGAGCUGGAAGAAGACUAUUAUUCCUCCAUCUUUAAGGAUAGCGCCAAGUAGUUUUCAAGUAAUACUUAUUGACCAAGUACCUGAAUUAGGAUAAACGAUAAUUUAGUACUUAGCAAUAUAAUUACCACUUUCGAAGUAGGAAUAAGGUCGAGCAAAAAUUUUCAGGGAGUUUACAAUUAGUUCUAAACGACGGUGCAUCUGAUAGGAAUGAGUUUAUGCUCAACACUGAAUGCGAACAGAACAUUGAGGAAUCCGUUUGGAAAUUAUGUUACGUUUUACUGUCAUAUAAUUGUAUUUACAUCUUGACUCAUUCACAUCUCGACAAUUAACGCAAGUGACCACUUAUCUAUAUGCACUACCCUCAAAACGAAACGCUGCACCCGCAUUUUCAUUUAAGGAAGAAAACUUAUGAAUUAAGUUGGCACUAACUUGAGCUUCAGGUUACAAUUCAGAUUUAAAACAGGAGCAAUUGACAAGAUAGUAACUUCCCUCCAUACAAACGUUACCUGACUUACAACUACAAUGAAAAGAUAGACAUUUUGGGGUCUUCAAUGAGGAGACUGAGGUGAGGGACGUAUAUAUCCUUACUUAUUGACGUAUACCUCCAGUCGCACGCACUACCAUCACGUAGGGCUUUGGGAGAAAUUCAAAAUGAAGUUCGAUAUGAUUCGAUGGCACAUGUGUAUGUAGAUAAUUAACGGGUCACCCAGGAUUUUGACAGAUACAGUUUUCGAGAAAUUGCCUCGCAGACGCAUCUCUCAAAACUUCACAAUUUAAAAUGCUAUAAUUGUCAAGUACCACAAAAAAAAAAACACUUUAAAUAGGUACAAGUAAAAACUUUUUGUGUUCCCACAUAGGUAACGUUGUCGCGUCAAGUUUGAUUAUAACUCAUGUUGAAACUUUAUAAUUAGUUAACAGAAAAUACCGAUUACGACACAACAAAGAGAUGUAUAUAAUGGCUCAUCAUAAUCUAACAAUGUAGUAAACAACCCCACCAUUUAUAAGUAAGAGACAUUUAUUCAGCACAAACGUCCUAUAUUUGCUGAGUAGUAAAUAUGAAUAAAACUAAAAA